CACUGCUUUCACCCAAUUGAGUACGACUGAGGCAUUGCUGGGCCAUCCAUGUUCAAGAAGAAGGCUGACGCGAAGGCUUCCCCGCCCUGUGGCGACUCCACCUACCCCGCCUUCGACGAGGAGGCUCCCGCGCCCACCGCAGCUGGCCGCACUCACACGACCAAGGAGAUCUCCUUGAAGAUCUCCAAGGAGGGCACGGAGGGCAAGGAGGGCACGGAGAUGAAGGAGAUGAAGGAGAUGAAGGCGGGGGAGAAGCGACUACUGACUGACUACUUGGGCGUGUGGCCCGCAGCGGGAAGAACGUGUGGGAUGUGGCAGGAAUCUGCUGCUACAGCGGUAUGACCACAGGAACCUUGCACAGCCUCGUCUUCUUUGUGUUUGUCGCGUCAUGGCCGUGUUGUGGUGUUCAGUUUUCCUGGUCGCGGCGACAGCUCUCGUGUUGCUGUUCGGCUUCCUCUCGGUUUCGGUGUUCCUCUUGUUUUGCACCGCCUUCGUCAUGCUGAAUGGAAAGACGCCCAUUGUGACACCGUAAGCCGGGGCAAAGCACUCACUGACAGACUGAGUGGCACCUGUGUCCAUUGUGUCGUGUCGUGCCGUGUUGUGCUGCGGGAAUGUUGUGGGUAGGGUCCACCAUGAGGCUCCGCCGCCACCUCCUUACCACCCUUCUCCACCUGUGCGCACACACUUCUCCGAGCGGGCGCACGGCCAGCGCUCUGCGACGACGGACAUCGCGUAUAGGUGACACAUGGGAACCACACAAUACGGAUGGAUGUUUGAUUCGCGUGUGUGAGGGCGGGUGUGCUGUGUGGGUGUUCAGUGUUGGUGUGGAGUCGAUGCGUCGUCUUGCUCGUGCUGGCCAGGUGUUUGAGCUGUCGUAUGUGUCUGACGUCACACACAAGACCCACCGCAUCGUAGUUCACGAGAAGGAUAUGAAAGAGCUCACCUCCGCGGCCGUCGACAUACACGUACAUCCAGAAAGAAAGAAACAACAUGGUUCUGUCACUGCGCAACAUGGUUCUGUCACUGCGUGUCAAGAGAUCUUCUCGUCUGCCUGCAGCACAUCAUCUAUCCCUUACUUUGUGGGAUACGGGCAUGCCUCGCCGAUGCCGACCAGUCCGUCAGACGUGUGCACUCGCACAAUGACCAAAUGUGUGUGCGUCAUUGCGCGUGUGCUCAUGACGUAGGCAUUGUUGAAGGGCAGCUUCAGCCGACGGAUCUCGAUGGAUAUUAUCUUGGUUCCUUUCUUGCGGCUCGGAUGGUCGACAAGCUUAGCGGCCUGGAUCUCCGCCUGGAUCUCCUGACCACGGCCGACAAACGACGCACCUGCACACGGCGGGCGGACAAAAGACGGAGCCUCACAUGCAUAGAUCUCAGGUAUAUCCGCCCACCGUGCAUGUCGAUAUUGCAGUCCGUGCCCUCGCAGUCGGCAUCGUAGCUCUCCUCGCCCACCCACAGCUCUGUAGGCAAACAUCGUUGGCCACACGGCCGUUCGUGUGGACAAAAGGAGAC